CAGCAGCAGCAAUCCCCGGCGCGGCCGCCGCCUCCGCGCCACCAGCUGCAGCGGUUGCAGCCUCUGAGGAGAGGCCGGGGGAGCCGGCGUGCUCACUUUCCCGCGGACUUUCGGAGUGUUUGUGGAUUUACAUGCCAAGCUUUCAAGAUGAUGUCCAUGAACAGCAAGCAGCCUCACUUUGCCAUGCAUCCCACCCUCCCUGAGCACAAGUACCCGUCGCUGCACUCCAGCUCCGAGGCCAUCCGGAGGGCCUGCCUGCCCACGCCGCCGCUGCAGAGCAACCUCUUCGCCAGCCUGGAUGAGACACUGCUGGCGCGGGCCGAGGCGCUGGCGGCGGUGGACAUCGCGGUAUCCCAGGGCAAGAGCCACCCGUUCAAGCCAGACGCCACGUACCACACGAUGAACAGCGUGCCGUGCACGUCCACGUCCACCGUGCCGCUGGCGCACCACCACCACCACCACCACCACCACCACCAGGCGCUCGAGCCUGGUGACCUGCUGGACCACAUCUCAUCGCCGUCGCUCGCGCUGAUGGCUGGCGCGGGCGGCGCGGGCGCGGCGGGCGGAGGUGGCAGCGCUCACGACGGCCCGGGGGGCGGCGGCGGUGGUCCGGGCGGCGGCGGUCCCGGCGGCGGCGGCCCAGGGGCCGGCGGUGGCGGCGGCGGUGGCCCAGGGGGCGGCGGUGGCCCGGGCGGUGGGCUGCUAGGCGGCUCGGCGCACCCGCAUCCGCACAUGCACGGCCUGGGCCACCUGUCGCACCCGGCGGCGGCAGCCGCCAUGAACAUGCCGUCGGGGCUGCCGCACCCUGGGCUGGUGGCGGCGGCGGCUCAUCACGGCGCGGCGGCGGCUGCAGCGGCGGCGGCGGCAGGGCAGGUGGCAGCGGCGUCGGCGGCGGCGGCCGUGGUGGGUGCGGCGGGCCUGGCGUCCAUCUGCGACUCGGACACGGACCCGCGCGAGCUCGAGGCGUUCGCCGAGCGCUUCAAGCAGCGGCGCAUCAAGCUGGGUGUGACGCAGGCCGACGUGGGCUCGGCGCUAGCCAACCUCAAAAUCCCAGGUGUGGGCUCUCUCAGCCAGAGCACCAUCUGCAGGUUCGAAUCGCUCACGCUCUCGCACAAUAACAUGAUCGCGCUCAAACCCAUCCUGCAGGCUUGGCUCGAGGAGGCCGAGGGCGCGCAGCGCGAGAAAAUGAACAAGCCUGAGCUCUUCAACGGCGGCGAGAAGAAACGCAAGCGGACUUCCAUCGCCGCCCCGGAGAAGCGCUCCCUCGAGGCCUACUUCGCGGUACAGCCUCGGCCCUCGUCCGAGAAGAUCGCCGCCAUCGCUGAGAAACUGGACCUCAAAAAGAACGUGGUGCGGGUGUGGUUUUGCAACCAGAGACAGAAGCAGAAGCGGAUGAAAUUCUCCGCCACUUACUGA